AUGUUCAUCUUUACCUCAAGUAAUUGUGUUUUUCAUGAACACAUAUUCCCAUAUACCCGACACCCACCUACCCAACUCAAUGAUGCACAUAUCCUUAACACAACUUCACCCAUCCAUUUCUCUUUGAUUACCCCCAUUACCACAAACUCCCAUUCCAACAAUAAUAAUAUCCCCAACAUUAUCCAUUCUCCUGUCAAUACUAAUAACACACCUGAUGUCCACACACCACCAGCCAAUCCUCACAACAUCAUGCUUAUUCAAUCACCUUACACUUCACAUAAUCAUGACAUUGCAAAUUCCCCUGAUGUGGCUAACACAAGAAAAUCUAUGAUACAUAAAAAUGCUCCUGCUUAUCUAAAAUAUUUUUUAUGUCAUGCAUCUCAUAACUCUAUUCUUUAUGACACUUCCUAUACUCGUCUUUCUCCUGCAUAUCAUUCUUUUAUAUCUAUUGUCCCCACUGCAUGUGAUCCCAUUUCAUAUAAACAAGCUUCUGUUAAUCCUUAUUGGGUCAAAGCCAUGCAAGCUGGAAUUCAGGCAUUGACAGAUAAUAACACAUGGUAUUUUACCACUCAUCCUUCUGGCAAGAAAGCCAUAUGA